AUGGAGAAGAACAAGGGCAUGAGCGACGUCCUCCCUCUUGACGUCAUUCGGCGAAUCUUUCUGAGGCUUCCCGCCAAAGAGCUGUUUCGUCUCAGAUGCGUCUCCAAACUUUGGCACUCUCUCAUAUCCGAUCGAGAUUUUGCAGAAUCUCAUCUUAACCAUUCCUCUGUAGCACCCUCCCAUUCAUGCCUCUUCGUAAACUUCUUAUCUGUGGGUUACUUUGUUGACGAUGACUAUUUGGUAGUUUUAGCUUGGGAUAAUGGGAACCACUCCCAAUUCCACGUAGAUUGCUUUUCGUUGAGAACCAAUUCAUGGAUUAGUUUCGAUGCAGCACUCCCCAAACCCUUUGGUCACAAAAUGUGGGAAUCUCGUGGGUUAUUCUUACAUGGCGCUAUUCAUUGGUUGAGUUGCUAUGGCGCUUACAUGAAUGCUAUUCUUAUCUUUGAUUUGAAGGAAUGGAGUUUCUCAACGACAUCUAUACCGGUAAAGCAUUAUAACUGGUACUCCGAUCUCACCCUAUUAGGAGGGUGCCUAGCCUUGUUUUCGUAUGAUCACAUAGGUAAAACUUAUAUAUGGGUUAUGAAAGAAUAUAAAGUGACGCCAUCUUGGAUUUUAAUGUAUUCCAUUCCUUGUUUUAAGAUAGUGCCUCUGUCCUUAUCCAAUGGUAGUGACAUUAUUGCACUACUAUCUACUACCAAGUUAAAGUUCGCCAAAUAUAACGUCAGUGGAGAGCUUCUCCAAGAAAUUGAUUAUCCUCCUCUUUGCUAUAGGCCAAAUCGAAACUUCCUAACUUUCUUUGUAUAUACAGAGAGUCUCUUGCCAUUCCCUGCUGAUACCAAGGAUAAGGAUAAGAAGAAGAAAACCCGUAUGUAA